AUGGCGCGAGGGAGGAAGGAGAUGGAGACGGAGGCGGCGCGGACGCGAGACGACGACGCGGCGAGGGACGCGUCGGGGAGAGGAGGGAAAAAGACGAAGGCGAAAGCGAGCGAGGGGGAGAGGACGAGGACGCGCGACGCGCGGGACGUCGCGAGCGACGUCGGGGGGGGGUCGGACGGGAAAAAGGUGGGGAGGGGAAAAAAAUUGAACGCGGCGGCGGCGGCGCCGAAGCGCAAGUAUUGGAAGUGCGUGAAUUUGGAAGGCGAAAAGUUUGCCGUGGGCGAUAGCGUGUACGUGGUGAACGAGAAAACGGUCGAUUUCGAUGACGACGAAGAUUGUCCUUGCAUGGUGUGCGGUGAAGCGCCGAACGCGGAUCGAAUCAUGCUCGAGUGCGAUACGUGUCUGAGCGGGUGGCACAUGUGCUGUCUCAAGCCGCCGCUGACGCGCGUGCCGGAGAGCGAUUGGCACUGUCCGUUGUGUGCGCGGGGCGGGGAGGCCGCGAGCGCGGUGCCGCGAAUCGAAACGUUGACGCGCACCGCGUGCACGGAGUUCAUGGCGGGUAGGUUCCAUUUAGCGCGUAUAGAGCACAUUUGGGAAGAGAACGGAGAGUACCAAUUCGCGGCGCGAUGGUACGCGCUGCCCGAGGAGACGCACAUGGGACGCCAACCCAUUCAGCAUCGGCGCGAGGUGUUUUUGACGCAUAACGUCGACGUUAAUCCCGUCGAUUGCUUAUUUCGCGUCGCCAAGGUGUGCACGCCUCAAGAAUUCCGAGAUCAAGAGGAAGGAUCGCACGACACGUACGUGUGCGAAUACACGUACGACACCGCGUUUCAGCGCUUCAAGCGUCGCGGCGAAUGGGGCGAAGAGGACGAAUUCAGCGACGACGAUCGCUUUGAGAAUGAAUUAGACUGGCGCGACGCAGAGGACGACGACUGGGACUCGAAGAAAAAGAAGGACAAAAAGUCGGGCGCCAACAGUCGUCUCGCGGGUCGUCUCGCCGCUCGACGGCGUGUGGAAGACGCGGCGGCGCGUUUGGAGAUUGCUGGUUUCGGUGGCAGCGCUCUCAGUCGUGGUAGGAAGCACCCGUCGACUGUUUUAGGCGGCGUGCGCGCUGUGUUAUCUCUGGCAUCGACGCCGGCGACGCUGCCGUGUCGCGAAAACGAACGCAAGCAAGUCUACGACUUCGUGCACGAAGCCAUCAUGGCGGGUUCGCACAGCACGGGAAAAUGUCUGUACAUUUCCGGCGUCCCCGGUACGGGCAAGACGGCGACAGUUCGCGAAAUCAUACGGGUCCUUCGUUCGCAAGCGCGCAACGGCGUGAUUCCAAAGUUCAACCACGUUGAGCUCAACGCGCUCCGUUUGCAAACGCCCAAGCACGCGUACAGCACCAUCGCCGAAGAGUUGAUGGGGCAAAAGUUUAGCCCGGACAAAGCGAGCAUGGUCUUGGAGAAGAGAUUCAAGGAAGGCAAAGGAAGCGAUGGACGAGUCACAGUUCUCAUCGUCGACGAGCUUGAUUUGCUCGUUACGCACAGGCAAGACGUGCUGUACAAUAUUUUCGAUUGGCCGACUCACAAGAAGAGUCGACUCGUCGUCAUCGGCAUCGCCAACACGCUCGACGUACCCGAACGCAUGCUCCCGCGCAUCGCGUCUCGACUCGGAAGCAAUCGCGCGGCUUUCGCUCCGUAUUCCUGGGAACAGCUCAAGAAGAUCGUCACCUCGCGUCUGGAAAGUGUCGAGGGAUGCAGCGACGCCUACGCGCCGUCGACCCUCGACUUGAUUUGCAGAAAAGUUGCUUCGGUGAACGGCGACGCGCGGCGAGCGCUCGAACUCGCGCGGCGAGCGGCGGAAGUCGCCGAAGCCAGAAUUAACGUCGAAAAGGUGACUACUCUCACUUUGCAAAACGCGCAACCAGAAGAGGGCGCCGCAGCGCGCGCCAAGGCUCGCAUCGAAAAAGUAACCAUGGACGACGUCCGCCAAGCGCAAAGCGAAAUGUUCGACGGUCCGCACAUGAAACUCAUUCACGCUGCGAGCUUUUACGAGCGCAUGUUCUUGAUAGCGUUGGUUAAGGCGCUUCAACGCACCGGCACGACCACCGUGGACAUGGGCACGGUGAUGCAAAUGCUCAAGGUGAUGUGCAAAGAUCCGCGCGUAAACGUCGCCGAGCCCCCGAUUGGGAGCGGCGUUCGCAUCGCCUCUCGCUUACGUUCCACGCACCUCAUCAUGACGGACGCCUCGACGGCCAGAAAUUUACAACAAAUUUCCCUCUCCGUGCCCAUGGCUGACAUCACGUUCGCGCUGGUGGAGAACUGCGAGAACGACGCGUGCGACAUGCCGUGGGUCAAGCUCGUCCUCUAG